AAACCCUUACUUGCGCAAACCCCCCUCUCCGCCCAAAGCCGUUCUUCCCUUUUCUUCCCAUAAAUGCAAGACCUAGCCUUUCCUUGAUACCCCUUUCAGAUUGUAGACUUAAACCCCUUUUAUAUAUUGAACAGUCAAGUUUAGUAGCAAUCAACAUAAUUGUUGAUUUUAAUCGUGGAGAGUGUUAUUGAGAGAUGGUCGCCCCUGUUAGUACUAGUUCUGCUGCUGCUACUACUACUGGGACGCAAUCACAGACGCAUACACUCUCCGCUAGAGUGAGGAAAACGAUACAAUCAAUCAAGGAAAUCGUGGGAAAUUUCUCUGAUGCUGAUAUUUACAUCGCCCUUAAAGAGACCAAUAUGGAUCCUAAUGAGACCGCCCAAAAAUUGCUCAAUCAAGAUCCAUUUCAUGAAGUGAAGAGUAGAAAAGACAAGAAGAAGGAGAUUAUGGGUUAUGGAGGUGCUGUUGAUUCAAGAAAAAAUUCUGAGAAUUUGAGUCAAAGGAAAGCAUUUCAUACAUUUCCUGAUCGCAAUGCUCGACAAGUAGGCUACACUCGAACAGUUGUACUGGGUAAUGCAGGAAUGAAUAAAGAGUUCCGUGUUGUAAGAGACAAUAGAAUUAACCAUAAUGCAACUGGAGGAGCAAAGCAUGCCUUGCAGCAAGGUUUAACAUCCUGCAGUGAGCAAGACAUUGUGACUGUUCCUGAGAAGGGCAGCUUAUCAGGAACUUCAGGGGAUGCAAAGCCUUCUGGUGCAAGAACUUCAACUCAAGCUUCUAAUGGACCAAUUGAUUUUCAAUCCAGAGACACCAGAGAUACUAUCUUGAAUGUCACCAACAGGAAAGUAGUAUUUGAGGAAAAGCGGAAUGUGGUUCCCAAUGCAGCUUCGCGGGUACAAGUAAUAAAAUCCAAUCCUCAACAUCAUUCUGCAACACUGGCAUCAAGCAAUUCUGUUAUUGGUGUGUAUUCCUCUUCAACAGAUCCUGUUCAUGUGCCAUCUCCUGAAUCUAGAUCAUCUGCUGCUGUUGGAGCAAUUAAGCGUGAGGUUGGGGUGGUGGGUGGUCGUAGGCAGCCUUCUGAAAAUGCAAUGAAAAAUUCAUCUAUGCCUAGCAGUUCUUUCUCAAAUUCAGUUUUGGGAAGCGAAGGUUCAAUCUCAGAAUCAUUUCUACCUUUCCCCACAAUUUCAAAAACUGACCAAGUUAGUCAAACUGCUGCAACUGAAUCUGUUAUUCCCAGUAUUUCUGUCAGCAGAUCAUUCUUAAGCAAUCAGUAUAACAGGCCACAUCAAACAGCUGUGGGUCAUCAGAAAGCUGCUCAGCAUAAUAAGGAAUGGAAACCAAAAUCAAGCCAAAAAUCAAGUGUUGGUAGCCCUGGAGUGAUUGGAACACCUAAAAAAUCUAGUUCACCACCGGUAGACAAUUCUAAGGACAUGGAAUCAGAUACAUUGGGUAUUCAGGACAAAACCUUGCAAGUGCAUGUCUUUGAAAAUCAAAACGUGAUCAUAGCGCAACACAUUCGAGUCCCUGAAACUGAUAGGUGCAGGCUGACCUUUGGCAGUUUUGGGACAGAGUUUGAUACUUCCUGGAAUAUUUCAUCUGGAUUUGAAGCUGUUGGAGUUAUGGAAGAAUCUAAUGCAGAAUCUGCUGCAAGCUUGUCAGUAUCUGCUCCAGAGUCUUCCAGUGAUGAUGCAUCUGGCAGCAAGCAGGUAGACUUACUAGAAGAACAAGUUAGAAAUUCUGGAUCUGAUUCUCCAGCAUCAGGUACAGUGUCCGAGCAUCGAGUGCCUGAUGAGUCUUCAAGUCCUGCAAAUUUGGACACUUUUGCUGAUAUUGGUUUAGUUCCAGACAAUAGUCCAUCUUAUACAACUCCAGAGCCACAGCAGCGGCAAGAUCGUCCUGAAUUACCAAGCUUUUCGCAGACAUAUGAUCCCCAAACUGGUUAUGAUAUAUCAUAUUUUAGACCGCCAAUUGAUGAAACUGUACGCGGACAGGGUCUAACAUCACCACAGGAGCCCUUAACCUCAUAUAUGGCCAACAUUAUACCAGCUUCAACAAUAACCAUGGUACAACAGCAGCAACAGCCACCAAUGGCACAGAUGUACCCGCAAGUUCAUGUUUCACAUUAUGCCAAUCUUAUGCCAUAUCGACAGUUCCUGUCUCCAGUUUAUGUUCCACAGAUGGCUAUGCCUGGCUAUUCAAGCAACCCUGCGUAUCCGCAUCCAUCAAAUGGCAGCAGUUACUUGCUGAUGCCUGGAGGUAGUUCCCAUCUCAGUGCAAAUGGGCUCAAGUAUGGAAUCCAGCAGUUUAAGCCAGUUCCUGGCAGCAAUCCUGCUGGGUUUGGAAAUUUCACUAGUCCAACUGGAUAUGCCAUCAAUGCUCCAGGUGGUGUUGGAAGUGUGACUGGGCUUGAAGAUUCAUCUCGGAUCAAGUACAAAGAUGGGAAUAUCUAUGUUCCUAAUCCACAGGCAGAGACUUCUGAAAUUUGGGUUCAAAAUCCAAGGGAGCUUCCAGGUUUGCAAUCUACUCCAUACUACAAUAUGCCUGGGCAAACACCUCAUGCUGCUUACUUGCCAUCCCAUACUGGCCAUGCUUCCUUCAAUGCGGCUGCAGCACAAUCUUCUCACAUGCAAUUCCCCGGAUUAUAUCCUCCCCCUCCUCCAACGCCCUCUGCAAUGGCAAAUCCGCAUCAUUUGGGUCCAGUUAUGGGCGGUAAUGUUGGAGUUGGUGUUGCCCCAACUGCACCUGGGGCACAAGUUGGUGCUUAUCAGCAGCCUCAAUUGGGUCAUCUCAACUGGACGGCAAACUUCUAAAAAAGUAAAUGUCAAUCUAACCCCUUGUUUGUAAGGGAUUGAAGUGGUUAUAGAAAGUUUAGUUUUCAUUUGUGAAAUGAGUAAUCCACAUAAUGUUUUUCUAUUCAAUGCAUACCGAUGCCAAUUCUGAAUAUUCACAUUUAUCUUUAGACGCAUCGAGUAAUUACGCUUACCA